UCCUUCCCAUUAAAACCCCUCUCCCUGGUCUGAAACCUCGAAAUCCUGUGAUGGCGUGUCAGGAACCUACCAUGUGCGGUUCCCUUCCUGCAACCGACCUAGCAAACCCUAAUCUGCCAGCAGAUUACGAUCCUCUUCCGCUUCCUCCUCUCGAUUACGAUUACUUCGACGACGAUCUCAACUUGCCGGAAGAUUUCGCAGCGAAUCUAGGGUUCGAUGGCGACCUAGGUGACAUCGAUUUCACCUUGGAUGAUCUCAUUCUACCCCCCGAAGACGAAGGGUAUGUCACAGGAGAUCGUUCUGAUUCUCUUUCGUGGCAGAAUUCGAAAGCUACUGAUGGAUCGGGGGUUUCUUCCUCGUCUGGUGGAUUUGAUGUUGCUGCGAUUCUGAAUUCUCCUUCUCCAGAAACGGGUAGCUGCAAUCGAGGAUUUUCUUGUGCUGUUUCCUCAGAAGAAUUCGGUGGCUGUGGGUCGGGCGGGGAGAAGGGUUUGAAUUCGCUUUCGCCAGAUUCUGGUUGUUGCGAUGGAGGUCAAUCUGGGUGCAUUUCAUCGUCUCCUAAUUCAAGCAAUAACACUUCAGACAUCGUUGUUGAUCAAAAGAUUAAGUCGGAAGAAGUCGCAAAUGGGUACUUGGCGAAAAGGAAGAAAGCGAAGGAAGAUUGCAACACUGACCCUAGGAGUAGUAAGUUCCGUAGGUCUGAGAAUGUGAACUCUGUGCUCUCUAAUGGUACAUUGGAUGAAGAAGAGGAGAAGAAAAAGGCGAGGUUGAUGAGGAACAGGGAAAGUGCACAGCUCUCUCGUCAGAGAAAGAAACAUUACGUAGAGGAGCUUGAAGACAAGAUAAGGUCCAUGCAUUCUACGAUUGCAGAGUUGAAUAGCAAGGUAUCCUUUUUCAUGGUUGAAAAUACGAGCUUACGGCAACAAUUAAGUGGUGGAGGCAUCUGUCCGCCGCCUUCCGGAAUUUAUCCACCUCCUCCCAUGGCUCCCAUGGCUUAUGCUUGGGUUCCUUAUGCUUCUUACCCUGUGAAACCACAAGGGUCUCAAGUUCCUUUGGUCCCAAUUCCAAAACUGAAACCACAGCAGUCCACAACCAAGGCUAAGAAAAUUGAGAGUAAGAAGGGUGAGACUAAAACUAAGAAAGUUGCUAGUGUUAGUCUUCUGGGUGUGUUGUUUUUCAUGUUUCUGUUUGGGUUUUUGGUUCCUUUUGUAAACGUUAGAUAUGGAGUAAAUGAAGAAGCAGCAGUAAACAGUGGAUUACAGUUUUCUAGUAAUGGGGUUUAUGGUAAUCAUCAAGGGAGGGUUUUGACUGUUAUGGGACGCGGUAACAAGUCUGAUCCUGAUGUAGGAGUAAGAUUGAGUACUAAGAAGUCUUAUCUAACUGGAGUUGAUGGAAAAAGUAGUCGUUAUAAAAGAGAUGGAUCCGAAGGGGUAGAUUCAGAAGUAAAACAGAACUUAGGGGAAUCACAGAAUUUGCCUCUGAGGAAUGCUAGUGAGCCUCUCACUGCAUCACUCUAUGUGCCAAGAAAUGACAAGCUUGUGAAGAUCGAUGGCAACUUGAUAAUUCAUUCUGUUCUCGCUAGUGAGAAAGCCAUGAAAUCUUCUCAUGCUUCUAGUGAAUUGAAGCGUGAUAAGGCAACUGUGUCUCCUGCUCGUGAAGCUAGAGAAACUGGUUUGGCAAUUGCAGGCAAGUUGCCUCCUGUGUAUGGUGUUGCUCAAGCUGGGCGGAAUUCUGAAAGACAUCAUCACUCGUUCAGGAACCAAAAUGACCGUCGGAGAGCUCUUGCUUCCGGUUCUGGAGAUACUUACAAGGACAAUUCAAAGUUAAGUUCUGCUGAUGGAUCGCUGCAACAAUGGUUCCGUGAAGGCCUUGCAGGACCAGUAUUGAGUUCUGGCGUGUGCACUGAAGUCUUUCAGUUCAAUAUCUCUCCAGCUUCUGUUAAUGCAGCUGCUAUUGUUCCAGUAACAUCGGUUGCCAAUGCUACUACAGCGAAUCCCCCGCAUUCUGGUAAGAGGAAGAACAGACGAAUACUCGAUCGUUCUACUAUUCCCCUUGCUAGAUCUUCACAAAACAAAACUGAAGAACAUGUUGGGCGAAACUCAAGUGGUGGAAACUUCGAAGGCAAUAAAUCUGUUUCUCCAUUGGUUGUUUCUGUGCUGGUUGAUCCUAGGGAGGCUAGUGACGUUGAUGGUGAUGGAGUAAUCUCCUCAAAGUCCCUGUCUCGAAUUUUCGUUGUCGUUCUUGCGGACAGUGUCAAGUAUGUUACUUAUUCAUGUGUGCUUCCUCUCAAAGGAUCUGGUCCUCAUCUGGUAACUACUUGAAAGGAACAAGGUUAUCUAUAUUAACUUUUUUAAUGGUAUGCCCAUCUGUUUAACUGACGUUAGUACAUAACAGAGUAGCUCUACAGUUCACUGUUUUGUUAUUAUCUUCAUGUUCUAAUGGUCUUCUGAUUUCAGUCCAGUGUUAUAGAUGAUGCAUGCGAUUUUUGCGCAAUCUUAUUUUUAGUUGCGCACUCUA